CCUGCCUCCACUGUUGGGAACAUUUCUGGGACAAGGACCGGGCCCAACUUCUUGUCUUACUCCAUUGCCGUUGUUUCCAGAUCGCAUGGGCCGGCGCAUGUUCAAAUACAAGUGCAUAGCGCCAUUGUGCCCCAAAGGAGGAGGAGGAGGAGGAGGACGAGGAAGAGGAGGACGAAGAGGAGGAGUGGAGGAAGAAGAAAUAGAGGACGACAAUGAGGACGAGGACGAGAAAGGGAAGGAGGAAGAGGAGGAAGAGGAGGAGGAGGAGGAGGAGGAAGAGGAGGAAGAGGAGGAAGAGGAGGAAGAGGAGGAGGAGGAGGAGGAGGUGGAGGAGGAGGAGGAGGAGGAAGAGGAGGAAGAGGAGCAAGAGGACAAGGAGGAAGAGGAGGAGGAAGAAGAAGAAGAAGAGGAGGAUGUUGAGGAGGAAGAGGACGAGGAGGAGGAGGAGGAGGAAGAGGAUAAAAAGGUGGAAGAGAACGAGGUAGAGGAGGAGGAGGAGGAGGAGGAGGAGGAAGAGGAGGAAGAGGAGGAUGACGAAGACAAGAAGGAAGAAGAGGAGGAGGAGGAGGAGGAGGAGGAUGGUGACGAGGAGAAAUAGGAGGAGGAGGAGGAGGAGGAGGAGGAAGAGGUGGCUGCAGGACGA